UGGGGGGUUUGGGUUGGCGAAAAUUGCUUUCCUUCGCUGGCCGUAGCGCCUGUACAUGUUGACCAUGCCGAGCCCGCACGGUCCUCUUGGGAUGGAACCGGAGACCGUGGAGAAAGAAGGACUGGCCAGCACGACUACAACGGUCGAGCCUCCUAUUCAACUGCCCAGUGCGGAGCACACUCCGACAGGGACCAAGGCGAGCAGACUCUCCUGCAAGUCGAUCGACACCUCCCGAUCUGGCAUCUCCGGUUUUGACUUCCGGAACGGCCCGCCUUCAGAAGCUGGCGACAGCGUCAUGGGGUCCCAGAUUUGGACAGAGCACACGCCCACCAAGAUGUACUGGAAUUCGAGAAGUGGAAACGGCCUCCUCAGCGAGGGCGCUUUGGAUGAGGAGUACGCGCGGGAGCGGUGGUUGUUCAUCCCCACGGACAAAUGGGUCCAGGUGUGGACCAACCUGAUGCAUUUCAUGGUGCUCGUGAGCGGCUUCUUUACCCCGAUGCGGUAUGCUUUGCUGGACCCGCAGGACAUAUUCGCCUUUAUCGUGGACUGCUGUUUAGACGCGACCUUUGCUGUGGACAUCAUCUUCACCUGCAACCAGGCGAUUUGGAACCCAACUGGCUACAUUACCUCUAGGUUCACCAUCAUCAAGGCGUAUUGGUGGAGCGGUCGGCUCCUGCUCGACAUUCUUGCCACGUUUCCGGUCGACCUCGUGGUUGAGAUGAUGGGGGGCCCUACUCGUCUGGCCACGGGGCUCGGCCUGCUGCGCCUGGUCAGGCUCUACCGGCUCCUCGUGAUGUUCCGCGAGAUGCAACAGAGUGAUAAGACGAAUCUCAUCGUCAUCAUGCUGGCCAAGUUCGUCACAUGCAUUUUGCUGUCCACGCACCUCUCGGCGUGCCUCUUUUGGGGCCUGGCGCGGGAUGACGAAUUCGCGGAAGAUACCUGGGUUGCGCAGGGGGCGCCCUGGCUUCCUCAGCGGGCGUGGCUACAACGCUACAUCACCUCCCUCUUCUGGGCUGUAGGGACCUUCAAAGCUGGGCCCUCCGCAGGCGAUCUGGUUCCCACCAGUGAUAUGGAGAAGAUCCUUGCUUGUGUGGUGAUGAUGUGCAACAUUUGCCUUCAGACGUAUCUGGUCUCCAACCUCUCCGCCUUGCUGACGCGCGCGGAUGUGGGCAUCUACACCAUGAGAAAGGAGCUUCGGCAGCUUUCCGUCUUUUCCCAAACCUUCAGCUUGCCAAAGAAUGUCAAGGAGCAGCUGCAGGGCUACGUGCGCUUCAAGCACUCCACGGAUCAGGAGCUGGAGUCCUCGGUGAUGGCGAUGCUUCCUGACCUUUACAGGCAGCGCAUCAGCUCCCUGCUGUACUCGAAGCUGGUGAGAGAGAUGGACCUUUUCCAAGGGUGCGCCAAGCGCUUCCUGUCGCAGCUGCACAGCUCCCUGACCUCCAACCUGUAUAUGUCCGGGCAUCACCUAGUUUAUGUGGAUGAUUCCUCAUCUCACCUCUACAUCAUCUCAGAGGGCGAGGUGCUGCUGUCGCACCAUGGCCAGAGCGUGGAGACCAGGAGGAACCUGGAAACCUUCUCGGAGCUGGCCUUCCUUUGUCGGCUGCCGGAGCCCUUUGACGUGAGCAGCAAGAGCUUGUGCCGGAUCCUGUCGCUGAACCUCACUGCCUGGGAGAGUGCCAUCAGCAUCUUCCCCUCCGAUGGCGUCCAGGUCAUGGAGAACCUGAUCAAGAUCUCCCGGCGCCGGCGCAGCGAGUUCCCGAAGAACACCAACGGGUCCAGGAUCUACAAGUCGAUCAUCCGGGAUGCGCAGACGCACAUCGUGCAUAGAAGGGAUAUGACCACUGCGGCCCUGUGCUUUGCAGCAGCCAGUGGCGACGUGGCAGAGGUGAAGAAGCUGGUGACGGGGCAGAGCCCCAACUGCUGCGACUACGACCACCGCACGCCUCUGCACGUGGCCGCCUCCAAAGGCCAGACGGGGGUGAUCUCGGUGCUUGUGGACAGCAAGGCCCAGAUCAACGCCAUGGACCAUUUUGGCCGGACUCCGCUGAUGGAAGCAUGCCGGCAGCGUCAGAUGUCCGCCGCGAGGGCGCUGCAUGAAGCGGGGGCGUUGCUGGGCUUCGGCGAAGCAGUGGUAAAGGAUGAUGAUAUGAUGGGCUACAGACCGAGUCAAAGAAGCGAAGAGUCGGAUCAUUUCAUCGCGGAAGAUGCAUCGAACGUGUCCGACAUGACAAAGGAGGUCCACGACCCUUACGCGGAAGCUGCGGAGCUCUGCGCCGCCGCUUCGGACCCGCAGCAGCUGUGGUUCCUAACGAGCCUCCUCAAGUUCAGAGCGAACGCCAACGCAGGGGACUACGACCGGCGCACACCCUUGCACCUGGCCUGUGCCUCUGGGAACCACGGAGCAGUCGAGGUGCUUCUGGCUGAAGGACACAUCAACAUGAACUGCCAGGACAACUUCGGGCGCACCCCAUUGAUGGAGGCAGUACGCCACGGCAAUGAGAGUUGCGCGCGGAAGCUCAUGAAACGCGGGGCCUACCACGGCUUCUGCGAGGAUGGCCAAACCGAUGAUGCCAACGCCACCCACGCUGGCCAAGAGCUGUGUCAGGCGGCCUUCUCAGGGCAGAACAAAUAUCUGAACAACCUGAUCUCCCUGUGCGGCCUCAGCCCAGAUUGCUGCGACUACGACCGGCGUACCGCCUUGAUGUUGGCCUGUGCUGAAGGCAACAUGGAUGCCGCGGUGACGCUGAUCCAGGUGCAAGCAGACCCACACUUGAAGGAUAGAUGGGGACACAGCGCUAUGAGCGAGGCCAGAGAUGCCGGGCACUACGACCUGGUGGCGGUGCUUGAGAGGCUCUGGAGGUCCCAACAGAAGAAGAGAGAAGAGACGACUGGCUGGAUCUAGGUGGAAUUCUCGGAUUCGCGAAUGACAUGCAUGCACGCAGAACCGGAUCCGCGGGAGCCGCUUCGGCAUUUUGGCCGAGCAUCUAGAGGAUGGAUCCAU